CAAAAAGUCAGCGUAGAUGGUCGUGGGCAAGCCCAUCUCUUUUUCGUUCAUCGAUCUCUCCAAAGCUCUACACUUUCUGUUCCUCUGCGUCUCCGUCUGCACAGAGAUAUGAAACCCUAGAUCUCAAAAUUCAGAAGGCGAUCGCUUUAAAGCUCUCGAUUCUGUACUUAGAAAUCCCAGAUUUCCUUUUCAGAAUUCUCCAAGAAUGGCUGAUAGCAAUGCAUCCUCUGGUUCACCUGAAGAAACUGCCAACCCUAGUUCUGAUGGAAAUGCACCUUCUGAGAGUGAUCUUGCACUUGAUACAUUAGCCAGAAAGGUUCAAGAAUCUCUUACUCUUGGAAAGAGACAUAAAUUUUGGGAAACUCAACCAGUUGGGCAAUUCAAGGAUAUUGGGGACACCAGUUUGCCUGAAGGCCCCAUUGAACCCCCAACACCUUUAUCUGAGGUAAAACAAGAGCCCUACAACCUUCCCAACCUUUAUGAAUGGGUUACUUGCAAUAUUAACUCUGAUGAGAUGUGCACUGAGGUUUACAAUCUUUUGACUAAUAACUACGUUGAGGAUGAUGAGAACAUGUUCAGAUUUAACUAUUCGAAGGAGUUUCUUCGCUGGGCUCUUCACCCUCCAGGAUACUUCAAGAGCUGGCACAUUGGUGUCCGUGUCAAAAGUUCGAAGAAGUUGGUUGCUUUUAUCACGGGGAUUCCUGCAAGAAUCCGAGUUCAUAAUGAAAUUGUUAUGAUGGCAGAAAUAAAUUUCUUGUGUGUUCAUAAGAAGCUAAGAUCAAAAAGACUUGCUCCUGUCAUGAUUAAGGAGGUGACAAGGAGAGUUCACUUGGAGAACAUCUGGCAAGCAGCUUAUACUGCUGGAGUGGUUCUUCCAACACCAAUAUCAACUUGUCAAUAUUGGCAUAGGUCUUUGAAUCCGAAGAAGCUGAUUGAUGUUGGUUUUUCUAGGCUUGGUGCAAGGAUGACUAUGAGUCGAACAAUCAAGCUUUACAAGUUACCAGAGUCAACUGUUACGCCAGGAUUUAGAAAGAUGGAGCUCCAUGAUGUUCCUGCAGUUACUAGGCUAAUUAGGAACUAUUUGAGCCAGUUUGCUGUUGCGCCUGAUUUUGAUGAAAAUGAUGUGGAGCAUUGGCUUCUGCCAAAAGAAGAUGUUGUGGACAGUUAUCUGGUUGAAAGUCCGGAAACUCAUGAGAUUACUGAUUUCUGCAGCUUUUACACGCUUCCUUCCUCCAUACUCGGCAACCAGAAUUAUUCAACUCUGAAGGCUGCAUAUUCUUAUUACAAUGUUUCAACAAAGACUCCUUUGCUCCAGUUGAUGAAUGAUGCUUUAAUUGUUGCAAAACGCAAAGACUAUGAUGUUUUCAAUGCACUAGAUGUCAUGCACAACGAGUCCUUCUUGAAGGAACUGAAAUUUGGGCCUGGUGAUGGGAAACUUCACUAUUAUCUUUACAACUAUCGAAUUAGACAAACACUGAAGGCUGCAGAACUUGGGCUUGUGCUCCUGUAGUCUGGUGGACUCUGGAAUUUUAAUUGCUCUGUGGACCAAUUGAAGGUUUCUUUUUCUUUACAAUUUUGUUUUGGUCAAACUUGUUGAUUAGUUGUUUGUAAGCUUUAAUUAACUGUGACAAUCUGAAAAUUGAUUGUAGGGUUCAUUGAACUGUUUAAACAAAAAAAUUUCUGUCAGUUUUAUGGUGAGAUUUAUAGGCAUUUAUGGAGUGUUGGCAUUGUAACAAAUUGUUAGAACUGAGUCUGCAAUAUGCUUAUGUCACUCGCGGCCUCAUUUUUUUUGUUU